AUGGCCCCGGCCCGCUUAAAGGCGGCGGCGGCCGCGCCGCGGGCAGAGCGAGGAGUGCGUCGCGGCCGCCGCCGGCCCGGAGCCGGCGCGAAGAUGCCCCGGGGCUUCCUGGUGAAGCGCAGCCGGCGGCCCACCCCCGUGUCCUACCGGGCGCGCUGCUGCCGCGAGGCCGCCGCCGGCCCGCCGCUCCCCGCCGGCGCCGCCCCGCCGCCCGCCUGCCCCGCCGCGCCGCCGCCCCCGCCGCGGGACUCGCCGCCGCCGGUGCCGUUCGGGACGCCCGAUGCCGCCGUGCAGGCGCUGUACAGCCCCACGCGGCCCGUCAGCAGGGACAAGUACCUGGAGCGCGGCUUCAGCCUGGGCUCGCCCGUCUCGGCCGAGUCCUUCCCCGCGCCGGCCGUGCCCGGCACCAUGGACCCGAUCCUCUUCGCGCCCGCCGACCUCAAGCUCUGGGCCGCUGCUGGCCACGCCGAGCCGCCCGCCGCCCACGCCGGCCCCGGCGGAGCCCCCGCACCGCCCGCCCCGGCCGUGCCGCCCGCCUCGGGCCGCCCGCUGCCCGCCAAGCGCCCGCCGGGCGCGUCCGAGCCCGGGCGGCAGAAGGCUCCGUCGGGCAAGAAGACGAAGGCGAUCCGCAAGCUGACCUUCGAGGACGAAGUGACCACCUCGCCCGUGCUGGGGCUGCGCAUCAAGGAGGGCCCGGUGGAGGCGCCGGCCAAGGCGCGGGGCGGCUGCGCCCGUCCGCUGGGCGAGUUCAUCUGCCAGCUCUGCAAGGAGGAGUACGGGGACCCCUUCGCGCUGGCGCAGCACCGCUGCUCCCGCAUCGUCCGGGUGGAGUACCGCUGCCCCGAGUGCGACAAGGUCUUCUCCUGCCCCGCCAACCUCGCCUCCCACCGCCGCUGGCACAAACCGCGUCCGCCCGCCACCAAGAGCGGCCCCGAGGCGGGCCGAGCAGCGGCCGCGGGCCCGAGCCCGGCCCCGGCCGAGGAGACGCCGAAGGAGGCGAGCGGCGGCAGCGGCAGCGAGCGGGACACGCCGAGCCCCGGCGGAGCCUCGGAGGCGGGCUCCGAGGAGGGGCUCUUCGAGUGUCCCCGCUGCGCCAAGCGGUUCCGCCGCCAAGCCUACCUGCGCAAGCACCUGCUGGGGCACGCCGCACCGGCACCCGCACCGGCCCCGGCGCCCGCACCGGCCCCGGAGCCCAGCGCCGAGGAGCUGCCUGCCGCCGCCGAGUGCCGCCUCUGCCCCGUCUGCGGGGAGACCUUCCCCAGCAAGAGCAGCCAGGAGCGGCACCUGCGCCUCCUGCACGCCGCCCAGGUCUUCCCCUGCAAGUACUGCCCGGCCACCUUCUACAGCUCCCCCGGCCUCACCCGGCACAUCAACAAGUGCCACCCCUCGGAGAACCGGCAGGUCAUCCUGCUCCAGGUGCCGCUGCGCCCCGCCUGCUGAGCCGCCCGUGCCUUCCCCGCCGCCCCGCGCCGCUCCCCCGGGGCCGCCACACGAUUAGCUUUAAUACGGCUUGUGACCUGCUGGAAUCUGGCUUUACACUUACCUUCCCGGGGUCUCUCUCUUCUUUUUUUCUUUUUCUUUUUCUUUUUUUUUCUUUUUUUUUGUUUUGUUCUGUUUGUUAUUUUUUGGGGUUUUUUUUAUUUUUAAUUUUUAAAAAAUUUUGUUCCUUCGCUCUGGUUUUUAUCGAUGUGAACAGAUCAAACUGCUCGAGAGAAACAAGCGUUUCCUUUAGUGUAGCCACAAAUGCCUUGACUCUGCUGUUGAUGGUCUCCAGAAAAUGCUGUAGAAACUGCCUUAACUGUGACAUGCCAACUUUCUGUUUCUGUUCGUUUUGCCCUUACUAAGGUAGCUCAUGAGUUGUCUAUCUGUAUAUGUUGGUUUGAGUAAUUAUGUUAUUUAUUCGUUAUUUAUUUAUAUUAAUUAUGAAGAUUGAUAUUAUUUGAUUGCAGAUAUUCUAAUGCGCUUUUUUGUCUCCCCGCCUGCCAUUUCACUGUGCGUUUUAGAAGAUCUUUUUUUCUUAAGGGAUCUGCUAAAAAGGUUUUAACUUUUAUACCUAGAAUAACACAUGAUCUUAACCAUUUUAUCCCGUGCAACCAACAGCUCUUACUUUUAGAUGCAAUCUCUUUUUCUACACACAUUAUUUUCUUAACUGUUAGCUAUUUAUAGAGUGCUUCGAUAGAACUGUUUCAACUGUAUAAUUAUUUACUAUUCAAAUAAAAUAUUUUCAAAUUCAA